AUUGUUCGAAGGUUACCUAAAAUUUGCUGAUUGUAACGGUCGUGACGCUUUAAUUUGUAUUUAUCCAUUCAUGUAAUAGAACAUCGAUCAUAUUCCAAUUAACAAGUGACAUUUCACAAUCAACAGGAAGUCGAAAGGUACAUUUGGACAGAUAUUGGCUGCAUUCUAUAGGAUUAAAACCAAAAUGUGUCUUUAGGAAAUCGUGACUAAUCUUAAAAUCGGUGAUUCAGCAGAUGCGGAGGUCUGGUAACAGCUUGUUAAAUUUAGUUUUGAAGGAGAUAGCUGUGAAGAGUGUUGAGUUCAAGAAUCUUCUGCCACUUGAUCCAGUCACUGGAAACAGCAAUUGUCAACUUAAACAAGAAGGUCACUCAGAUGGAAAACUUCAGAGGGGAAGGACACCGCCACUAGCGACUUUCUUUUCAUUGGCGUACGGGGGAAUACAUAAACACCACAGAAGUGAAUAGACGUAUAAUUUGUAGAACAGGUUGCUGUACUCGGCAGCAUGAUACAUGUUUCAAGAACGCCCACCUUCUCCACUUGUGGAAUUAUGAAUUUAGAAGCAUCUCUUAUGGAAAUAACCACAGGCCAAAACCAGGACCUGGACUUGAGCUCAGCAGCAGGACACAGAAGGCCCAGGUCACAUUCCUACUACAGCCUAGCAGACGCCAAGAAAUACGGCGUAGAGAUGGGGAUAGAAGAAAAAGUUGUCAGGCCACGCUCCAGGUCUUUCUAUUGCUAUGAGACAUCUGAGUUCUCCAGAGAGGGGAGUGUUCCCGGGUCCAGUGCCUCAAGGUCGAGAUCCAACUCCCUGGAGAAGAGUACUGACUGGGAGGAGAAGAGUAGUGCAGAUGGGAAACGGUUGAUCAUGGUUCGGCUCAACUCAAAGAGGUCCAAGUCCAACGCCAACAAAAAGUCGUCAUGCAGAGAUCUCAGUGGCGGCAGAAGCUGUCUAAAGGGUGCCCCCAUGAUGACUAUCUGUGAGUCAGACAACUGGGAAAUCACCUCCUGUUCUGGCAUGAAGUAUGGCCAGUUUGUGGACUGGGAGAAGAUUGACCCAGAGGCUGCAGAGCGUCACCAGAGGAUCCUGAAGGCAGACCACCAGGUGCUCAAGAGAAUGGGCCGAUCAGGAUUCUGGGCCAUGCCCCAUACACUGAGGGCCAAGGCCUAUUAUCACAUAAUUCAUGCCAUCGACGGUACAACUGUCAAACCUGAUAGAGAUGCUUAUCAGGAAUUGAGUAAGAAGAUCUUUGGGGAGCAGAAGAUCAGCACUCACCCCUUUCCUGAGUACAUGGAGGACGGCGUCAUACCCAGAUACUGCCUCAACAAAGCUGGUCUCAAUUCGGUCAAAAAAAUCCUUCUCUGCAUCGGCAAGUACUUCCUAGACAUCAACUUCUGCCCCAUCCUCCCAGCCUUAGUGGCUCUCCUCCUGCACUUCAGCGAAGAUGAGGCUGAGUGCUUCCACAGUAUCUGCCAACUCAUCUCCUACAAUGAUGCCAGCAAGCGUUACAUUGACCAGACUUUUCUCACUUACCGGGCCUCCUGCAUGACCUUCGGCGACCUGGCCAACAGGUACUGCCGUGGAAUCCGCAAGCUUAUCGCCGGCUCCAACCAGAGCUUAUUUGAUUUCUACUCUGACUGGAUCAUGUGGAUCUUUGCCGACCUCCCCUUCACCUACGCAAUCAGGGUCCUGGAUGUCUAUUUACUGGAGGGUUACAAGGUUCUUUACAGGGUGGCUCUGGCCCUCCUCAGCCUCUACAAGGUCUCUGUCUCAUCUCGCGUUGCCGACGUGGAGGACUUCAGGAGGGACAUGAAGAGCUUUGUGGAGAACGUGGCACGUCACUGUACGGCGGAGAAUCUGCUGGAGAGGGCCUUCAGCAUUCAGCUGGCCACACGGUUGGAGCUCAACUUGCGCUUUAAUGCUAACAAGCAGUCCCUAAUGCAGAAAGGCAUCAGUAUCCACCAGAAGAGGCAGUCAUGCCAGUUAGUGGAUUUCGGCAGCUUUAGCUCCAGUGUCAUCACAGGGACAGAGAUGCGGAUCAUCUGGGCCUGGAUACCUGAACGCUUUGCCCUCUUCGAUCCCAUAAGGCUGUUCAGCACCGUCGAACACGGCCGGAGCCUGGCAUCACUUUAUUCCUGUGUUGAGGGGCAUGAGCCAGCAGUCUUGCUUCUCAAAACUAUGGAUGAACAGGUAUGUGGAGCCUUCCUGUCGAGCGAUUUGAUUCAGGGGACAAAAACUGAUUCAGAAGAACCUGCAUAUUUUGGGACAGAAGAGAGCUUUGUCUUCACACUUCGCCCAGGAAUGGAACGCUACCAACGGACUGUGGUCCACAUUACGUCCAAGAAAAGUUCUUCCCCAGACCUUUGUGUUGCUAGCAACCGGCCGGGACCCUUUGAGCCAAUCUGUCCAAUGGGGACCCUCAAAGACCCAACAAACCUCACCAUCCCUUUUGCUACCUCUCCUGGACCCCUAUCCCCCUCACCCAAGAGGGCAAAGGAGCAAGGUGCAUCCAUGUUCAUCGCUGCAGACCAUAAGAGGCUAGUCAUUGGUGGUGAUGGGGGUCAUGCUCUCUACCUCCAGGCUGAUUUGGAGGGGGGCUACACAGAGCCCUGUGACACAUUUGAGAGUGCUCCUCUUUGCAAGGGACACUUCAAGAUCCAGUCUUUGGAAGUGUGGGGAAUCCAGAACUCCAUCUCAUUAUCAAACUACUUCUCUUACGAUGAAUAGAGGACACUAGCAUACUGUAUGCAGUAUUUCCCCAUCCUGUAUGAAUUGUUUGCUCCUUAUUUUGUCAUUUGAUUAGUGAUUUAAUUUUUUACAAAUAUUUAUAGUAUUUUGUCUUUUCACACCAUUAAUUUGAAUUAUGUGAGUAUUUGAUGACAACAAUAGUUCAUAAUAAACAAG